AUGUCCUUAGUUUCACACGUUUCAGGGUCCGUAUCCGUAGCUGUGCUUAGGCAGGGGUCGUCCGCCUCGAGUGUUCCGUUUUCGUCGAACAAAUUCGCUAGUGUAUUGCAACCUUUGCGCCAAGCAGUCAGCAACACGACCGUCAAAAGCGCUGCAGCUUUCUCCAGUCUUCACUCACGAUCCUUCGUUCGAUUAACCUUUCACAAGCACUCGGGUCUCUCCUCCCACUUACCCGCCUCAUCCCGCACCCGCCUCUCCCUGACCGCCGGCCUCUCUCCGCCCCGCGCUUCCUCCGCUCCUAAUGCCGGCUCCCCUGCCGUCACCUCCCCGUCCUCCCCCUCUUCUGAUGCGCUACAUCCGCUCAUCCCUUCUCCCUGCUCGGUUCCUUUCGUCCUCUCGCCCUCAGACCUUUCCUCUGCAUCUUCCGCCGCGAAUAUCUCCGUAGAAGACUACAUAUGCCGUUACCUCCUGCAACCCGCCACCGACCGCGCUCGGCCUCCCAUUUCGCGUUUCCACGUCUCCACCAUCGCAAUAGGUGCUAAGACGGGCCGCGCGUUCCUGGGAGUAAAUCUCGAGUUCCCCGGCUUGCCUCUCCACAACUCUGUGCACGCCGAGCAGUUCGUCGUGGCUUCCGCCGCAUUGCACGGCGAGCCCGCGCUUUCCGCGCUGCUGGUCUCGCGGCCCCCCUGCGGCCAUUGCCGGCAAUUCCUGCAAGAGCUGCGGGGGGCAGAGGGGCUGCGCGUGAUUAUAGCGGAAGAGGCGGAGGAGGCGGAAGAGACCACCCUCACGCAUUUGUUGCCGCAUCGCUUCGGCCCACACAGUCUCCUAGCCGACGAUUUCCCGCUGCUGCUGGAGCAGCGAGACAACGGCCUGCAGCUAAUCAAUCCCAUCGACGUGCCCUCGCCGUUGGAUUUCAUGUUGGUGCCUCCACUCGCCCGCUCGUUCUCCUCCGCUUCCUCACCCGCUAUCGAGUCUGCAGCUGCUGCAGCAGCCUCCGCUGGUUCUCCCGCUGCUGUUCUCUCCACUCCUCUCGGGCAGGAAGCCGUGUCGCGCGCUCUAGACGCUGCUAACGCGUCCUACGCUCCCUACAGCCUGUCGCCCUCUGGAGUAGCGCUUGUAUCGCGGACAGGAGCGGUGCAUACAGGGUCUUAUGUCGAGUCCGCCGCGUACAACCCGAGCCUUCCAGCGCUGCAAGCGGCGCUGAUCGCUCUGCUGGUGGAAACGGGUGGGGAGGGGGCGUACGAGGACGUAGUGCACCUCCACAUGCGACCUUCUCGCUCCAUUUGGCGAAGGGCUGCAGAUAACUGUGUGAGGGAGAGCUCGAGAACGAGGUUACGAGCAUCCCUCCCUCCUUCCCUCGCAAAUGUCCCUCCUUCCCUGAUUCCGGCCUGGUCCCCUUUCAUUCUACCGUAUCUCUCCUCCGGUGAUGCUGGGCAUUUCCACUUGAUUCAUAUGCUAGCAACCAUGGCAGCUGCUACCCAGUCAGCCAACCUGAAGGUGUGCUUCCUCAGCGGGAGCGAGUCGAAGCUGGGCUCUUCCUUCACCCAAACUGCCUCUUUCGCCCCUAAGACUGGCGUCAGCUCUACCCCUCGCAAGCUGACCGUCAGGGCCGCGCGUGAGAAGUUUGAGAGGACGAAGCCCCACGUUAACAUUGGCACCAUUGGACACGUCGAUCACGGCAAGACCACCCUGACAGCAGCCAUCACAACAGCUCUUGCCUCCGUCACUGGUGGCCAGGCUAAGAGGUACGAUGAGAUUGACGCUGCUCCGGAGGAGAGGGCUCGUGGUAUCACCAUCAACACUGCUCACGUCGAGUAUGAGACCGAGGCCAGGCACUACGCUCACGUCGACUGCCCCGGCCACGCCGAUUACGUCAAGAACAUGAUUACCGGUGCCGCUCAGAUGGACGGAGCCAUUCUCGUCGUGUCUGGGGCUGAUGGUCCCAUGCCUCAGACCAAGGAGCACAUUCUUCUGGCCAAGCAGGUCGGUGUGCCCGCCAUGGUGGUGUUCAUGAACAAGGAGGAUCAGGUCGAUGAUGCUGAGCUCCUCGAGCUGGUCGAGAUGGAGGUUCGCGAGACUCUUUCCAACUACGAGUUCCCCGGUGACGACAUCCCCAUCACCGCCGGCUCCGCUCUCCUGGCCCUCGAGCACCUCACCGCCAACCCUGGCACCAAGCGCGGCGACAACCCCUGGGUGGACAAGAUUCUCACCCUCAUGGACACUGUCGACGAGUACAUCCCCAUUCCCGAGCGCGCUGUCGACAAGCCGUUCCUCAUGGCUGUUGAGGACGUGUUCUCCAUCACUGGUCGCGGUACCGUCGCCACCGGCAGGGUGGAGCGUGGCAUUGUGAAGGUUGGUGACACUGUUGAGCUGGUUGGUCUGAAGGAGAUGAGGACGCUGACCGUGACUGGUCUGGAGAUGUUCCAGAAGAUCCUCGACGAGGCCAUGGCCGGCGAUAACUGCGGCAUGCUUCUCCGUGGUAUCCAGAAGACCGAAAUCCAGAGAGGGAUGGUUCUGUCCAAGCCCGGUUCCAUCAAGCCCCACAACUCGUUCGAGGCGUCCGUGUACAUCCUGAAGAAGGAGGAGGGUGGCAGGCACUCGCCGUUCUUCGUCGGCUACAAGCCCCAAUUCUACAUGCGCACAACUGAUGUCACUGGCUCCGUCACGAAGGUGUUGAGCGACAAGGGUGAGGAGACGAAGAUGGUUAUGCCUGGCGACAGAGUGAAGAUGGUUGUGGAUCUGCUCGUGCCCGUGGCCAUUGAGAAGCAAAUGCGCUUCGCCAUCCGUGAGGGAGGUCGCACUGUGGGCGCUGGGGUUGUGUCUGAGAUCCUUAACUAA